GCAGGAGGCUGGCAGGAAUCUGUGCUCAGCAUGCAGGCGCUGAACAUCACCGCGGAGCAGUUCUCCCGGCUGCUGAGUGCGCACAACCUGACUCGGGAGCAGUUCAUUCACCGCUACGGGCUGCGACCGCUGGUCUACACUCCGGAGCUGCCUGCGCGCGCUAAACUGGCCUUUGCGCUGGCAGGAGCACUCAUUUUUGCUCUGGCGCUCUUUGGCAACUCUCUGGUCAUCUAUGUGGUGACCCGAAGCAAGGCCAUGCGCACCGUCACCAACAUCUUCAUCUGCUCUCUGGCGCUCAGUGAUCUGCUCAUUGCCUUCUUCUGCAUCCCUGUCACGAUGCUCCAGAACAUCUCCGACAAGUGGCUGGGUGGUGCCUUCAUCUGCAAGAUGGUACCAUUCGUCCAGUCCACUGCCGUUGUGACGGAAAUCCUCACCAUGACUUGCAUUGCUGUCGAGAGGCACCAAGGACUUGUCCAUCCUUUUAAAAUGAAGUGGCAGUACACCACCCGAAGAGCUUUUACAAUCUUGGGUGUGGUCUGGCUGGUGGCCAUCAUCGUAGGAUCACCUAUGUUGCACGUGCAACGCCUUGAGAUUAAGUAUGACUUCCUAUAUGAAAAAGAGCAUGUCUGCUGCUUGGAAGAGUGGGCCAGCCCCAUGCACCAGAGAAUCUACACCACCUUCAUCCUCGUCAUCCUCUUCCUCCUGCCUCUUGUGGUGAUGCUUGUCCUUUACAGCAAGAUUGGCUAUGAGCUGUGGAUCAAGAAGAGAGUGGGAGACAGUUCAGCGCUGCAAACUAUCCAUGGGAAAGAAAUGUCCAAAAUAGCCAGGAAGAAGAAGAGGGCUGUCGUUAUGAUGGUGACAGUGGUGGCCCUCUUUGCUGCGUGCUGGGCACCGUUCCACGUUGUUCACAUGAUGGCUGAGUACAGUAAUUUUGAAAAGGAAUAUGACGAUGUCACAAUCAAGAUGGUUUUCGCUGUCGCACAAACAAUUGGCUUCUUCAACUCCAUCUGUAAUCCCUUUGUGUAUGCGUUUAUGAAUGAAAACUUCAAAAAGAAUUUUUUGUCUGCAGUUUGUUAUUGUAUAGUAAAAGAAACCUUCUCCCCAGCUCGGAAGCCUGGAAACUCUGGAAUUUCAAUGAUGCAGAAGAGAGCACAGUUAUCACGACCACAGCGUACAGUGGAGGAAACCAAAGGAGACGCAUUUAGCAAUGCCAACAUUGAUGUCAAACUGUGCGAGCAGCCGAGGGAGAAAAGACAGCUCAAGCGACAGCUUGCCUUCCUUAGCUCUGAACUUUCUGAAAACUCUACAUUCGGCAGUGCACAUGAACUGUAGUGGUAUCUUCAUAGUUAAUAUCAUUUGUAUGGAAAGUUAUUUACAGCAAGGGUCAGGACUAUUUUUUUAAAUGACAAGAAGAGAAACAUGACAUGUUUUCCAUUUAAAUGGACAUAAUACAUAACACUGUAACUUUGAAAAAUUAUUAUAACAGCUUUGUAGAUUAUUAAAGUAGAUGUAUGGAAGACUUUGUGCAUAAUAUAGCAAUGGUUUUGGCAGCAGUUUUAUGCAUGCAGUCAAUGUGAUGUGAUUUUUGUGUAUUGCUAACCUGGAUGAAAAAUUAUUAAAACUGUACCAUCGUCCUUGAAUAGUAAACAUUUGAGCAUCUUAAUGUAGUUUAUAGUGUGCUGCUGAAAUCUGGAAAUCAGUCUUUGCAACUGACAUUUGUACCAUAAUUUUAAAAUAAAUCAAAGAGGAUGAAGAAUCAGGCAAGUGACAACUAAUAAAACUUAAGAGACAAAUGUCA